GGGUCGACACCGUCGACUCAAGGAGGUGAUCGGAGUACGUCCACGCUCUUUUUCUCUCCCCACCCUCCCCCCGCGGACGGUACGGGGGCCGUGAGGAUCGCGCGAGCGAAACGGACGGCUGGACGGCUGGUGUGAUCUGCGACUCGCGUGCUCGUGGAUACCGGAGGCCUGUGCCGGUGACGGACGCGCGGACUGCUCGUGGGGUGUAGUGAAACACAUGUGUCGCGGCCGUGCGGUGUUUUCCACCGCCGCGGACUGCUGCCCGUCGCCGUACCGUCCCGCAGGCUGCGCGAGGUUUCGGGCAUCCGUUCCCGCAGACCACUACCAGGUACACCAGGACGAUGCGCCGCGCUCCGGCGGUGGCGGAGUAGCCAGCAAAAGCGGAAGGCGGUAGUGCGUGCGUGGGUGGGUGGGUGUCUGGCGACCGCCAACACUCACGGGAUUUCUCCGUGCGCUCCGUGAAUGCGUGCCGUCGCGGUCGAACUGAUACCAUAAUCGCGCCGUCCGACGCCUGCGGUGUCGACUCAUCCGGAGUAACCCGGCGUCAAUCGCCGCCGCUAUACACGCCGCGCACGUUGUAUUCCCUGAGUAGAAGAGGAAGAAAAAAAAAAAAUGAGAUAUGUCGCCCCUCCGUCUGGAGCGCGUUUGACACUGCUACCCGCGCGCUGCUGACUCCACUGAUACGAUGACACUGCGACCGAGUCAACGACUGAUCACCCUGGAGAACGGUCACGCACUCCUGCCUCCUAUGUGCCUCGCCAGGGAAUAAACGGGCACGACCGAGCCAAACCUGUGUGUGUCUGUCAGCCAUCAUGAUCGCCCGCGAGUCAUGACUUCUGUGCUCCACGAUUUCUGACGUCCCGCCCAAGUGGCAUGAGUUUCGACCGCUUGUCCACGUGCCUCAGACUUUUUUUUUUUUGUAAAUUGUCAGGUCCUCGGUCCUUUUGUCGGAGGAUAGAGAAAGAAGAUUUCUAGAGUAUGAGGAUGUUCCUCGCCACUGAGUCCAAACGCUGCGACGUUUCAGGUUUAACUACUAUCUGAGAGAAAGCCAACAAGUUCUGUUAUAUCCUGCUGUGUCGCACGUUGGGAAGUCCAAGUAUGAGAGGUCCAGCGGAGGAAAAUGGAUACCGGUAAAGUAUCAGCAUGCGCGAAAAGUCAGCAGAAUGUCAUGCUCACGCAGGUCACGUGAGGGGCACGACAGAGAUGUGCUCGCGUGAUCCACCUACAUUGCACCCGACCCUCGCCAAGGCAAAUGGUAAAAAUUCAAGUCCCCAGCCAGCUCAUCAUACGGAGACACAACGCAUCGACAGCAAUCUGCUGCCAACUCCUGGAGGUCGCUUGAAAUUCUUCAAAGAUGGAAAGUUCAUUCUGGAACUGUCUCAUCGCAGGGACGGAGAAAAGACUACAUGGUUUCCCGUGCCAAAGAAAACCUUUUGGCCACCUGCUAGUACCAUCCCGAAUCGGCAGGAGAGCUCUACUUCCCUCAGUGUUUCCGAUGACAAUUCGUCGGUCCAAUCCAGUCCUUGGCAGAGAGAUCACUGCUGGAAGCAGACCCACCCCCGGCGCAGGAUAACGACGGAAUUCAAUUUUUAUUAUCGUCGAAAUCCGAAGACUCGUUUGUGCGCGCAUCUUCGCUUAAUAGCGAGGAAACGCAGACGUCCGUUAGAUUCCACGACCGUGGUCUCAGUUCCGGAAUCAACGGCUAAUUCGACAAGAGCGUCGCGGAAAUUGAAUGGCACGUCGUCGUCAGGCAAGGUUCUUAGUCUGAUCAUCGAUAAAUUGGCGCGCUUGCUGGAUCCUAACGUCGUGUCACCUCGCAAACGCAUACUGCGAGAGCUGGAGAGAGUCUCGCUGGAGGAUCAGGCGUCCAAGAGACGGGCUACUCCACAGCCGGUUUGCACAACGAGUGCGCCGCCGACUCCCUCUUCGAAGCAAGUGUCAUCAUACAGUAUAACGAGUAUCCUGGGGGAGGACAAACCGAGUCCCGAGCCAGGUUUCUUGAGGACAUUGUUGAAGCCGGACGACCGGCAGCCUGUGAAAUACUCAUCGACUAACGCCUACCCGAGGGUACGAAUCGAUCCCUACAUCGGAUCCAGCAAUACGUCCGUUCAUCAUCCGCUCUAUGGGAUACCGAUGUUGCCACCUGGACCGUACAGAGCGGCGCCUCUAUGGAUGGCGCCUCAUUAUCCGUCUCCCGUCCACUAUCCGCCUCCUAUGCAAUUAUACGCAUCGCCGCAUUCUCAUCCGUUGUCUCCACAUUACAAAGACUACAGGGAACAAACUCUCACACCUCCUUCAGAUAUGCCUCUGAAUCUGUCGAAGCAUGCGGGUUGAAUCUCAGGAUCCCAAUAUAGUUGGUGCCUUACGAGUGGACAAAACACUACGCAAACACUGCCCGUGCAACGACAAUGCGAUAUAUAUUAGUAUUUUUUUAUUCAUAAAACAAUAGUAUCUUAGUAAGUAGAGAAAGAGAGAGACAGAGAUACAGAUACGAUGAAGCUAGAUAGUUGGAUUUUGGGAGAGCUAUACUUGUACAUACAAAUGCAUAAAUUUUUGUCAAUGGCGGCAUAGGUAUUUUAUAUUAAUAUUAAACACA